AUGCCGUUAGGUACCCCUGGCCCCUCUCAGAUCAGACAAGAAAUUCCCGAAUGCUACCAAGAGCCCCUCUCGAUUGUCUACCUGCAUCAUGUAUCGUCAGAUAGUCGAGUCUUUCAACCACAUUACGCUCAACUCUGGCUCAAUACUCUAUUGCUUGCGCACAGACCUACGCCUCAUCCUCUCGGUCCAGGCACGAAGAGAGUUGAAGAAGGGGGGGAAGAGAAAAAGGGUCACUACGUUCGGUCGCGAGUGGGUGAUCUGCGACCAAGAUGCUGA